UUCAAAUUUGUGCUUCCAUGGGCUCGCAAUGUUCUGUAGAGCCGAGCGACUUCAACGAGCAACGCUACAAGGACUGUUGCCAUCUUGAAGGUGAGACUCCCAUCGAAAUCAGGAUUGGUGGGCGACAGGCCAAUGGAAUGGCAGGCUGGUUCCAAACAGGGCCGCAUCCCUGCGCUUCUCCGCAAAGCGUGCCGCAGAAACUGGCGGCAACAGCCUUCUUGCCUGAAGCCGAAAAGCCACCUAUGCCACGUGGAGUAAGCAGCAGCAGGCUGCCUCCGCCUGUGAUGAGUGAUCCUCCACGUUCUCCAUCAGAUUCGAACGGAUUUCUUGUAGAUGACUUCGUGGUACCACCGGAUACCGUUAAUGGUCAUCCAGGACUCCAGAACUCUGCAGCAAUGCGAGUCCUGCAAUCGAUGAAUGCAGGGUCCGAACGUAGACACUUUCCAGAGAUUGUUCGGCUCCAACAGUCAGGGUUGGAUAUGGUUACCGAGGAUUCCUUGUGCAAGGUGCCGAUGUGAUGAUGUUGGCGGUGCAAGGAGAAUGGGCAACAGGAAAUCCAAAACAGCACCUUCGCGGUAAGACUUCCCGCAAGUUGCUGCCACAUGACAUGGGUUGAAGUGAAAGCUCACGAGAAGCUUGAGUGGGCUUAGGGUAGGUAGCAGGACCGUCUCCAAGAGCCUGGAGGAAAAAACUGCACGAAAGCUUUGAAGAAGUGAACCAGUUCAUAGUUCUUUCAAACGGGUGCUGUUAGACUGCAUGAAGAAGCUGGCAAUGCAAAGGCCGUACUGCUGU